AUGGUGCAAGGUCAUAUCUUCUUCUUUCUGGUCGUGGUGGUGCAGUUGUUCACUGGGGUCCUGGCAAAUGGCCUCAUUAUGGUUGUCAAUGCUAUUGACUUGAUCAUUCGGAGGAAAAUGGCCCCGUUGGAUCUGCUUCUUUCUUGCCUGGCAACUACUCGCAUCAUUCUGCUGAUGUUUGUCUUUUUGGCGCAACUGGAUAUAUUCUGCUUGGAAAAAUACUCUUUAUUUGCUAACAGCAUUGCCUUUGUCUUCUUUAUAAAUGAAUUGAGUCUUUGGUUAGCCACAUGGCUCAGUGUUUUCUAUUGUGCCAAGAUUGCUACCAUCUCUCACCCACUCUUCUUGUGGAUAAAGAUGAGGAUAUCCAGGUUGGUACCGUGGCUGAUCCUUGGGUCUGUGCUCCAUGCAACUACUAUUGCUUUGAUCCAUGGCAGAGAGACUUCAACAAUUCCCAAACAAGUCUUUACACACUAUUUUUCUGAAAAUUCAACUCAGGUCAAACAGAUACAUGUCUUGCCACUCUCCAUCUUUAUCCUCGGGCUCACGCUGCCAUCCCUCAUCUUCAUUGUUGCUGUUCUGCUCUUGAUCUUCUCCCUGUGUAACCACUGCUGGCAGAUGAGGACUAUGGCAGGCACCAGGGAACCUAGCAGACAUGGCCACAUCAGUGCAAUGCUGUCCAUCCUAUCAUUCUUCAUCCUCUAUUUCACCCACUACAUGGUGGCUCUUGUGGUCUCUACUCAAGUCUUCCACUUAGGAAGCAUAAGCUUUCUGUUCUGCACUUUGGUGAUUGGAAUAUACCCCUCAUUACACUCUGUCAUCUUAAUUUUAGGAAAUCCUAAGCUGAAACAGAAUGCAAAAAUGUUCAUUGUCCAUUGUAAGUGUUGUCAUUGUGUGAGAGCUUAG